AUGAAUAAAUAUGAAGCUAUCAUUAUUAUUUCGAACUACUUAUAUUACUUCAUUUAUUUAAUAGAUAAUGUUGAAAUGAAAAUCAGAAUUUUAAAAUAUGCGUCUUUUUCAAUUAUUAUUUGUUUUUUUGAAUAUGCCAAAAAUGAAUUACACUUUAUAAACGAGGCAAACAAAUGCCUUGAAAGGAAUAUAAUAAAUUUUAAAAAUAAUAGAAUAUUAGGAGAUAGCGACAAUCAAUUCGAUUUAAAUAAUUAUUAUCAAUCAACCGUGAGUCUUAUAAAUCAAUUUAGUGACUGUAGCGAUGAUGACGAAGAAAUAACAAACCUUCUAAAUAUCAUAGAUUCACAUAUAAGGAAACGCAAAGAAAGUAAUACAUUACCCAAUUUAAAUAAUAUAAAUGGGAGAACGAAAAAAUUAUUUUAUAAAGUUCAAAAAGAAUUAGAAGAAGCACAAAAAGAGCUUGAUAAUAUGAGGAAUGGUGAAUUAGAAAUACAUCCGACACAAGAUAAAAGAAUAAUAAACAAAUAUGAAAAUAGUUCAAUAUCAGAACAAGAAUACAUUAAACAAUUGAAAAAUUAUGAAAAUGUUUUGGAAACUGAACACAAUCAUUUUGAAUAUAUAUAUAAUAAAAUUACAUCAGCUAAUGGCUAUAAGAGAUUCAAAAUUGAUAAAGAUAUAAUUAAAUUAUCGGGGAAAACAAUUAAGAAGACAGUUUUGUAUGCAGCAGGCUUUUUAAUAAUAGUAUCAACAGGAGGGACGGUACUAUUAUUACUACUUGUACCGUAUUUAUAUUCCAUAAUUAAGAACAUACGAAAAAUCGUUAAAUUGGAAAUAAAAAGAAAAGCCUAUCAUUAA